GCCACGCCUCCGGCCUCCUUCACAGCUCUCCGCAUCUAUCCUCAGCCGUUCCGUGCGCGUACUCAGACAGUCCAACGGCCGGGUCUAAAUUCCACCUACCAUGAGCCGCUCGCAGUUCCACCCUCUCCAGUUCAAUGAGCGGACGGGCGAGCCGUUCUUGCGCCUCCCCAGCCCGCACGAUAAUAUCAUCAUCACCACAUCGCGUAUGAGCGACGCCGCCACGGUCAUCGCGAACAUGAACAGUCCCGCGGUCUAUAACUGGCUCGACGGUCCGCCCUUCCCAUACCACGCGGAGCACGCCGACUCGUGGCUGGAGUAUGUGAAGAAGGAUACAGACGCGGCGUUCGAGGAGCUAGAACGCGCGCAGAUCGAGCAUCCAGACGAGCCCCGACUCGUGGUCAAUAGCUGCCCAGUCCGUAUCAUCAGAGAGGUGCAUGAGGAUGGGACGGAUGUGCUGCUGGGCGACGUCAUGUUCGUCCGAGAGCGUUGGCCGGAGGUCCUGGACAAUGAGGCGAAGGAAGCCCUCUCGAAGCCCAACGCGGAAAAGCCGGCCGGCGAUCCAGAGAUCAUCUGGUGCAUCGGCGAUUACAUCGCGCCUUCCCACCAAGGCAAGGGAAUCAUGACGGCCGCGAUCAAGACCCUGAUGAACGAGUGGUGGAUCCCUCGCAUGGGUGUGCGCCAGAUACGCGCCGAGACGUUCGACGACAACGUCGGUAGCAGGAAGGUCUUCGAAAAGCUGGGGUUCGUCUACGAGAAGACGGUGCCGCUGGAGAACAAGUUCUUGAACUCGGGCAGGAAGAUUAGCGGGAUGGACAUUCUAUGGUGGCGGGCCGAGUAGGACGUGGCUCGGUGGCGUUUCGGGUGGUGUGGCGUUCCUGCGGCUUGUAUUAGGUAUCAACGUGCUUGUGUGUGUACGCAUGGGGAAAUGAAGCAUCUAGUCAUGGUAGAUGAUGGAGCUUGAUGCGAGCAGUUGUGUGCGUGUACAAGCGACUAAAGCCCAGUGACUUGUUUGGCCAGAAAAGGUCGCUGCGAUGCUGAGUUCUGUC